GUGCAUGUUGUUUAUAACAUGACUGCAUGAAGAAUAUAGGGCGGUGCUGAUCCGUGCAUCCAAUCAGUCAUGACUGGAGAGACAAUUUCUAACUUCCUAACUUUUCCUAAUUUAAACUGGGAGAAAAAGCAGCAGUCUUCAAGAGUAAGCGAGUGCGAGGAUUACAGUACACUCGCAUGAGUGUUGUCCCGAGAUUACUCGCUGAGUAACUUCUAAAAAAAGGCCAGCACUGAAGAGAGUCUGUUUAUCCGACACUAAAAAGAGACUCCACUACCUGACAGCACAAUGACUGCGCUGUACCGGACAGUCCUGCUAUUCACAGUCAGUGUGGCUUCCCUGCAGCCACAGAGGUCUUCACGGAGUAAAAGGGGUCUCCUGGAACUGGCUGGGGUUAUCGAGUGCAGCACGGGAAGAUCAGCUUUAUCUUAUAUGAUGUAUGGAUGUUACUGUGGCCUUGGGGGUGAAGGGUGGCCCAGGGACAGAGCAGAUUGGUGUUGUCACAAGCACGACUGCUGUUACGGAGAUGCAGAAUUUGCUGGCUGUCAAACAAAGACAGACAGGUAUCAGUGGACGUGUGACGGCGAGGAGCCUGACUGUGACUCGCUUAAUGACAGAUGUGCGAAAAUUCUCUGCCGAUGUGACAAAGAGGCUGCCAGCUGCCUGAGAAAAGCACCAUUCAACAGAAAAUACGCUGUGUGGCCUGACUUCCUCUGUGGUUGUGUACAUCCAACCUGCAAUAUUUACUGAUUCUAUAUAAUGGAUUUAGUAAACAAAUCUCAGUUUAUAUUUCAUGCCUUAACUAUGUUUUUCUUUAUUAUGAAUUAAAUUUCUGAAAUAGAUAUUUGUACAUUUUAUAUACAUAGCUUCCAAGAAAUGGUUAAUUCUACAGUAAGCAACAUCCUAUAGAUUUGUUAUCUGCAUGGCACUUUGCCAUGACAUUUCAUGGCAUUUCAGUCUGAAGAAGAGACCAGGGUUAAUUGUCAAAUUUCUCAGGUUUAUUUUUCAAAUGUUGAUUUUUACCUAAAGUCUUGACAACAAGUUAUUUAACAUUUCCACUAUCCGAACCAAUGAUAAAGAUGUAGUUCAUUGCAUGUUGAUUUUUUGUGACUAGUCGGGACAAGUUGUCACAAUGGUUGCCUGCUGUUUAUUGACACUGACUUAAGAAGAAUGCAUUUUUAUGAAAACAUAAAAUACAGUCUAAAGAAGUGGUUGUCAAAAUUUUUCGCCGCGCGGCCCCUAUAUGGUGCAUCCCUUCAUGGCCCCCCAAAAGGAAAUUUAUGACAUAAAACAUUUUUUAUAUAUUUACUUAUUUAUAAAGGACAACACACAUUAAUCAGCAUUUCUGUAAAUGUGCCAGUGUUAGCCAGCUGGCUUAUUUUCAACUGUAGUCCUUUGGCCAGAUGUUUUUAGACCAGAACAGCAAAAAGCCACAAGACAAUUAAUACAGG